AUGACGCCAAACGUCGUCGGGAAGCGACAAGGAGAGGGAGAGAACAAGAAUCAGAUGAGGCCAGGGCCACUCGACUCCAGGACCAAAGAGACAGAGGAGGAGAGGCAUUGUGUGGCGGUACCCGUCCACUCCUGGGUCAGUGUGUGGCGGUACCCGUCCACUCCUGGGUCAGUGUGUGGCGGUACCCGUGCACUCCUGGGUCAGUGUGUGGCGGUACCCGUGCACUCCUGGGUCAGUGUGUGGCGGUACCCGUGCACUCCUGGGUCAGUGUGUGGCGGUACCCGUGCACUCCUGGGUCAGUGUGUGGCGGUACCCGUCCACUCCUGGGUCAGUGUGUGGCGGUACCCGUCCACUCCUGGGUCAGUGUGUGGCGGUACCCGUCCACUCCUGGGUCAGUGUGUGGCGGUACCCGUCCACUCCUGGGUCAGUGUGUGGCGGUACCCGUCCACUCCUGGGUCAGUGUGUGGCGGUACCCGUCCACUCCUGGGUCAGUGUGUGGCGGUACCCGUCCACUCCUGGGUCAGUGUGUGGCGGUACCCGUCCACUCCUGGGUCAGUGUGUGGCGGUACCCGUCCACUCCUGGGUCAGUGUGUGGCGGUACCCGUCCACUCCUGGGUCAGUGUGUGGCGGUACCCGUCCACUCCUGGGUCAGUGUGUGGCGGUACCCGUCCACUCCUGGGUCAGUGUGUGGCGGUACCCGUCCACUCCUGGGUCAGUGUGUGGCGGUACCCGUCCACUCCUGGGUCAGUGUGUGGCGGUACCCGUCCACUCCUGGGUCAGUGUGUGGCGGUACCCGUCCACUCCUGGGUCAGUGUGUGGCGGUACCCGUCCACUCCUGGGUCAGUGUGUGGCGGUACCCGUCCACUCCUGGGUCAGUGUGUGGCGGUACCCGUCCACUCCUGGGUCAGUGUGUGGCGGUACCCGUCCACUCUGGGUCAGUGUGUGGCGGUACCCGUCCACUCUGGGUCAGUGUGGUGGUACCCGUCCACUCUGGGUCAGUGUGGUGGUACCCGUCCACUCUUGGGUCAGUCCGGGUGGUACCUGUCCACUCUGGGUCAGUGUGUGGUACCCGUCCACUCCUGGGUCAGUGUGGUGAUACCCGUCCACUCCUGGGUCGGUGGAGGGCGUGGGUCGCGUUAUGGAUAGGCGUCCCACAAUAGUCUGGUCUGGGACGGUCACCUCCGGCCUGGGGCCAAUGUGCAGAUGAG